AUGUCCCCCCCGCCUCUGGAGCUGGCAGGGACAGGCCGUGCUCCGGGCUGCUUCCGUCACCGCUGUCACUUCCUGGUGGCCGUGAGCAUCCCGCGGGGACAAGGUGAACGCCAGCGCAGGACCUGCAGGAAGCGUGGCUGUGGCCAUCCGGCGUGUCUACAUGCUGCCCGGGGUCGGCGGGGGCUUGGAGAUGAGGCUGAUCCUGGCUGGGAAGGCUGGUGGGGGGAAAAAGCGCCACGGGGAAACACCCUCAUCGGGGAACGUGUCUUUGAGUCCAAGCUGUCCACCAAGCCAGUGACCGUGAGCUGUGCAAAAGCACAAGGGCACUGGGACGGCGAGGACUUCACGGUGGUUGACACGGCCGACAUUUUCAACCCAAGAGGUGUCAGCAGUGAGGUGCAUCAAGAAAUUAUCCGCUGCAUCAGGCUGUCCUCCCCGGGCCCCCAUGCGCUGCUGCUGGUGACCCAGCUGGGCCGAUUCACCCAGGAGGACGAGGAGGCCGCAGAGAGACUGCAGGACAUCUUUGGAGCUGAUGCUUUGGGGCACACGAUCGUCAUAUUCACCCGCGCAGAAGAGCUGGCGGGGGGAUCUCUGCACGACUACGUGUCCUGUACUGACAACAAAGCUCUCCGCAAGCUGAUCCAGAGGUGCGGGAACAGGUACUGCGGCUUCAACAACCGGGCAGCUGGAGCCGAACGGGACCAGCAGGUCGCGGAGCUGAUGGGGAUGGUCCGCUGCAUGGUGCGGGUGAAUGGGGGCGGUUGCUACAGCAAUGAGAUGUACCUGGAGCCCAAUUUAACAGAAGAGAAGGUGGAGUAUCACAUGGGGAGGAUAAAGAGGGAGCGGUCCGGCUGCAGGACAGUUUUCGCAGUUUUUGGGCUGAUUGCCUUCACCGUGGCUGUGAUUUCCCUGGGUUUCUAUAUCAUACGGGUGCGAGGAAUGCCAGCACCACAGAACCACUGAUCGCCUGGGGCUGGAGGCACCUCUGCACACCGCGUGUUCCAUCCCUGCCCAGGCAGGGUCCCCAGCGCUGGCUGCCCAGGACCGUGUCCAUUGGGUGUUGGACAUCCCCAGGGAUGGAGACCCCAGCGCCGCUCUGGGCAGCCUGUGCCAGUGCUCAGACACCCGCACAGCAAUAAAAGACUUUCCUAAUCUCUCA